AACCACUAUAUCCGUUUUUCGGUCAGCCCUGCGAACACUGACGGUCUCACGAUCCGCAAGGCGCUGCAAGACGCGCUCCUGCAGUCAUUUGGCCUGACCUCCGCAAACGUCUACGUGGACGUCCUGUGGCUGGCGGAGGACGGUGCAGAGGUAGUUGUGCGU